AUGUCUGGAACUCCUGCUUCGGGCCCAGUGGGCACUUUGAAUCCACAAACUGCUACAUCUACCAUACCUCCUGUAUCAAAUCCUAAAAACAAGGAAAUUUACAAAUACGAAGCGCCCUGGAAUAUCUACUCUCUUAAUUGGUCACUGCGACAGGAUAAACGCUUUCGUCUAGCGGUUGGAAGUUUUAUCGAGGAAUACAACAAUAAAAUUCAAAUAAUCACUCUCGAUGAGGAACAGGGUGAAUUUGUCGCCCAGCCUGCUUUUAAUCACUACUAUCCAGCCACGAAAGUAAUGUGGAUGCCAGACCCAAAAGGCAACUGUCCGGAUUUACUGGCUACGAGUGGGGAUUAUCUCCGCAUAUGGAAAGUAUCUGAAAAUCCCACAAAACUAGAAUGUACACUUAAUAAUAACCAAUCUACCGGUUUCUGUGCGCCACUGACCUCCUUCGAUUGGAAUGAAGCUGAUCCGACAAUUAUUGGUGCUUCCAGUGUGGAUACAACGUGCACGAUUUGGGGGUUAGAGACUCAACAAGCUAUUGGACGAACUCGAAAUGUUAAUGGUCAUGUUAAAACGCAAGUAAUUGCCCAUGACAAGGAGGUUUACGAUAUAGCCUUCAGUCGCGCAACUGGUAAUCGAGAUAUUUUUGCUAGUGUUGGUGCGGAUGGGUCAGUGCGUCUCUUCGAUCUUCGGAAUCUCCUGACAUCCACCAUAAUUUAUGAGAAUCGUAACCGGACCCCACUUUUGCGUCUGGCGUGGAAUCGACAGGACCCCAAUUAUAUCGCCACCUUUGCAAUGGACUCUAAGGAGGUAACCAUACUGGACCUCCGUGUUCUCUCCACACCAAUGGCCACGUUGGAUAACCACCGGGGUUAUCUAAACGGACUGGCCUGGGCGCCGCACUCGAGCUGUCACAUUUGCACUGCUGGCGAGGACUGCCUGGCGCUGAUUUGGGACAUACAGUCGAUGCCAAGGGCAAUCGAGGACCCAAUUUUGGCCUACACAGCGGCAGCGGAAAUAAACCAGAUCCAGUGGAGCGCUCUUCAACCUGACUGGAUUGCAAUCUGCUAUCAAAAUUGCCUGGAGAUAUUGCGUAUCCUCUUUGUGGGACUGAAGUUGCAGAGGGAUCAUGAGCUUACGGAAAACGCUGAUGUUUGUCGAUUCAUCCAAACGGUGAACGAAUUCAUUGAUAAGGCCUAUAAAAGACGCAGUAAAUCGAGGCUGAGUGAAAGAAUCAGUGUUUUUACGAGUGACUACACAGCACCUUGUUUGGUUAUGGCGCUCUCUAAGGCAUCCAAUGCCUCGAAAGCAUUCAUGGGUUUCAGCAGAUGUGCAAAGUAUGCAGAAUAUGAAAUACCCGAUGAGGCACUCUAUGGUCGUGUGGGCUAUCUAGCCGGGAUCCUAACUCUCUUAGAUAAUGGUCAUCAGAUUGAUGAAGAUGACGUGCGUAAAAUUGUGGAAAAAGUCCUUCACGAAGGUCGUUCUCUCUCUGAGAAGGUGGCUUCACGUCCGGGUAUGUACAGUGAACUGAUGAAAGGUAUUGGGAAACCACCCAUCUGUCCGCCUCUCAUGUUCAUGUGGCACGACAAAUUUUACCUCGGGGCUGCUCACGGCUUUGCCGGGAUUCUACACAUUCUAUUAAGGGUACAGUAA